UCCAUACCCUAAUUCUCGGCAUGGCCUUUAUGGAGGGCUUUUUGUUGCCCUUGUUUAGGGUAACAAGCCCAUACUUUUCCAUAAGAAACUUGUUUGAGAGGUGGGUUCCCUUGAUUUGUACAGUGAUAGCCAUUGUAGUAGGUAUUAUUUAUGUGUACUUCUCAGCGCCCUCUUGGAGAGUAAGAGCUGUUCCGGGUCAUCCAACUAGGUGGUUCUUGGGCCACCUACACUUAUUGGCAAAGCAUGGGCCGGGGGUGUUCAGUGUUUUGGCGAAAGAGUACGGACCCAUAUACAGGUUUCACAUGGGUCGACAACCGUUGGUGAUAAUUGCUGACGCGGAAUUGUGCAGAGAAGCUGGUAUAAAGAAGUUCAAGGAUUUGCCUAAUCGAAGUAUUCCAUCUCCCAUCUCAGCCUCACCUCUCCACCUCAAGGGAUUGUUCUUUAGCAGGGGCUCAAGAUGGUCCAUCAUGAGAAAUACCAUAACUUCUCUGUACCAGCCAUCCCACCUUGCCAGCCUCAUUCCCACCAUGCAUUUCUUCAUUGCCUCUGCCUCCUCAAUGCUGGAAUCCCACCUCCAGAGGAAAGAAGACGACGUCAACUUCUCCGAACUCACCUUAAAGCUCACCACCGACGUGAUCGGACGAGCAGCGUUUGGUGUGAACUUCGGCCUCACAGGCUCAUCAAGUGCACAAUCUGGGCAAAAUACCCUCAAGAAAGAUGAAAACUCUGAAGAUGGCUACAUUUCCAAAUUCCUAAAUCAACACAUAUACUCAACUACCUCUCUCAAGAUGGACCUUACUGGUACCUUUUCCAUCAUCCUUGGCCUCUUCUUCCCCAUUCUUCAGAACCCAGUUCGAUGGCUACUUUGUAGGAUUCCUGGCACUGCUGACAGGGAGCACGAACUCGCCAAUAAGGAACUGAGCCAGAGGGUUGAUGAGGUGGUUGAGAAGAGGUGCAAAGAAAUUGAAGGCGGUUCCUCUAACAUUGACUUACUGACGGCUGUGCUUAAUGCACAGGAGUCAUACAGGGCAAUAUCAAAAAAAAUUUUCACACCAGAGUGUGUGAGCUCGCUUGCUUACGAGCAUCUCCUCGCUGGCUCUGCCACAACUUCAUUUACAAUGGCAGCAACGGUGUAUUUGGUGUCGGCUCACCCGGAGGUGGAGGAGAAGCUACUCAGAGAGAUCGAUACCUUCGGACCUCCUAACAAGAGGCCCGACGCUGAAGAUCUACGCCUCAAUUUUCCCUAUCUUGAUAUGGUGGUAAAAGAGGCCAUGAGGUUCUUUACAGUCUCGCCAUUGGUUGCGAGGGAAGCAGAGCGAGAUGUUCAAAUUGGAGGAUACCUCUUACCCAAGGAUUUGGCAGGGAACAUGGAUAUGGCUAGCACUGGGAGUUUUGGCUAAGGAUCCAAGCAACUUCCCUGAGCCUGAAAAGUUCAAACCAGAGAGGUUCGAUCCACAAGGGGAGGAGGAGAAGAAGAGGCACCCCUAUGCACACAUUCCUUUUGGAAUUGGCCCAAGAGCAUGCGUAGGGGGGAAAUUUUCCAUACAAGAGAUAAAACUAACUCUUAUAUACCUCUAUCAGAGGUACAUUUUUCGGCACUCACCCAAUAUGGAGAGCCCCCUUGAAUUCGAUUAUGGAGUCGUCCUCAACUACAAGCAUGGUGUCAAGCUGCGCAUUUUGAAACGGUCCCGAGUUUGAAUUUUUAUGUCUCUUGUGCCGUUUGUGUAAUGUAUUUGUUGUAGUUGAAUUUGUGAAGUGUGAACCUUGUAAUUAGUGGGUUAAAUCAACAGAAAUAGAAAAGAAAUAGAAGUCCUGAAAUUU